AUGGUCCGCCUCGCUCUGUUCACCACCGUGGUCGCUAGCGUUCUCGCGGCUUUCGCCUCCCCAGUCCCCGCUGAGGAUGCUACCACGCUUGAAAAGCGAGUAACCCACUCGGGCCGUGGCACCUGGUUCGACGUCGGCCUUGGCGCCUGCGGAGAAUACAACGUGAACAGCGACCACAUCGUCGCCAUCUCUGCCGCCCGUUGGGGCACCGGCGCUAACUGUGGUCAAUGGAUCCACAUUACCAACACCGCCAACGGCAAGUCCGCCUACGGUUUAACCCGUGACCAAUGCCCGGGCUGUGGUGUCGACGACCUUGACUUGUCGCCCAGUCUCUUCCAGGAGCUCGGUACCCUUGACCAGGGUGUCCUAUCCAUCUCCUGGCACUUCGAGAACAAGGCGUUCUCCCCAUGA